AAAACCAACAAAACGGCAUUAAUGCGGCUCAACAUGAUGUUAUUUCAAUAAUAUAAUUUAUGAUUCAGCCUUUGAGUGUCCGUAUUCUAUCCAGAUUGCAGUUUAAAAUAUCCGAAAUUUUAUCCUGGAAAGUUGGUGAAAAACGAAAUUGACGCCUUCCGCACCGGCCGCCAUGGCAUCAUUUGCGAUUGAAAAUGGCAGGAGAGAACGUAAGUUUCGCCUAGAACUUCUUUUUUUUUCUGUUUAAUCCUGUCUUAAUUUUAUCUAGGAACAUGCCUAAUGUUGUGAAAUGUUCUGUUCAUGGAUGUCCAAACACCAAUAAGACGCAUCCCCUCCACAAGUUUCCUCAAAACAACACAAACAGGUGUUUGAAAUGGGUUCGACUGUCUGGAAAUCCGAAGCUUCUCAAUGUUCCAUUGAAGGAUAUGCACAAGAAGAAAAUAUGCAAAGAUCAUUUCUCCCGUAGAAUGUUUUGGAACAACACCCUGAAAACCCUGAAUAGGGAUGCAGAGCCUGACAUCCUCGGUAAUGUGACACCCCUCACUACAGACCAGCUGAUGGCUGCGAGUGAAAUUUUGGGUAAGUCCUUCCAAGUAACUUUUUUAUGAAGAUAAUCACCCUGAAAUAUUCUAAUGAGAUGAAAAGUUUCUCUCCUAGGUGACCGCUGUAGGAGCAGGAGGAUGUCAGUGUAGUGUAAAUCCAAUGAAACCAGUUUUUCUCGAUUUGUUUCAUUCAAUUAAUUUUGUAGUUUUUCACAUCCGAACAAAUAUGUUUUAAUCUCUAGACUUUUUAUUUCAGCUAUUGCUGCCUGUUGGUUGUGGAUGUUGCGUUGUUUGCCUUGUUUAGACAGGAAUCAACUUUGGGAGCUGCUUUGUUGUUGUCAUUUAAACUUCUGCUAUUAUCAAGAUCAAAGCAUUUAUUGAAAUGCAUUUUUAAUGUGGACAAAACUGGCUUACUGAAGUGGUUCCUACUCAAGCUGAGGUGGGAUCUGCGGGCACUGAAGUACCACUUCCCAGUGUACCAAUUGAUUUUGCUGCAGAAGAGCCUAUUACUGUCCAAGUUGAGGUGGAGACAGAUUCAAUUCAGGCUACAAUGGGGCCUGUCUGCAUUGAAGCACAUCUUCCCAGUGUACCACUUGACGUUGCUGCAGAAGAACCUGUUACUGUCCGUGUUGAGACAGACUCGGAGAAAGGAGAAAAUCAGCCUUCAAAGAAUGCAGCCCAAGAAGAAAAUCCACCUCCAAAGUCAUCACAGAGCAAGAAUGUAGCUGCAAUAGCACAGAAGAUAUCUCAGCAACGAGUUUCAAAACUAUCAGUCCUGAAAGAAGCUGGUGUCGAGAAGGAUGGCUUGUCUGAUGACGCCUCUAAAUUACUAAGAGUCGCUCACAUGUAUAAAUCCAGGUUGGCAAGGUCUGAGAAGAAAUUGAAAGAAGCUAAUAGUCGAUUGGUAGACUUAGAGAAGCCAGAAAGUCAUGCAAGAGUCCUCUCAGACAAAAUCUCGCCUGCACUUAAUGUUUUGCUUAAAGGAGAACUAUUAAAUGGGUCAAGACACCCCCGUGGUCGUGAUUGGUGUGAAGAAUCUAAAUGCUUGAGCCUUGUCAUAAAAUCAUGUUCUCGUAAAACAUAUUCCCUUCUGGAGAAAAUGUUUGUUUUGCCAAGUUCACGUACCAUUCAGAAUGUUCUUUCCAGGAUACCUUUAGAGCCCGGAAUUAAUGAAGGUUUCUUUGAUCAUCUAGCAAGACAAGUGGAGACAAUGACACCAAAAGAAAAGUUUGUGUCCUUGAAUUGGGAUGAAUUCAGGGGUCAAGGUGGUCUGUUUUUCAAUGAGAAAAAAGGCAUAAUCAUUGGCUUCGAAAAUUUUGGUUCAUUUGGAAACUCAAAUUUGCCAGCUGAUGAGUACCUUAUAUUUUUAAUCCGAAGCCUUGGUCCCAAUUCCAAUUGGAAAAUGCCGUUGGCAAUUUUCUUUUCACUAUCCAUGUGUCCCGGAGAAAUUUUGAAGAAAAUGAUAGUGUUGAUUAUCACUAAGUUGCAGAACAUUGGCUUGAGGGUUGCAGCAACAGUGUGCGACCAGGGCCCUGCAAAUCAGAAAGCAAUGCGGUUGUUGCAUGAAGAGGCUGCAAAGAAGACUGGAAGAGUGGAAGAACCUGAAAUUAUUGUCAAUGGGCAGACCAUUGUCACCUUCUGGGAUAAUCCUCAUGUCUUCAAGAAUAUCAUCAAUAAUUGGCGUCUUGAUAUUCACAAUUGUAUUGAGUAUGGGCCUCAAUGCAAGAGAGCAUAUUAUCAGCAUAUAAUUGAUUAUUACGAAUAUGACAAGAAAAACUUCAAAGUUGGGCUUCUGACUCAUGAGCAGGUUUAUCCUGAGGGUAAACAAAAAAUGAAAGUGAAGAAUUGUACUCAAGUGGCAGGAGCCACUGUGGCCAAUACAAUUAAGUCAUACAAUCAACUGUCCUCCCAUAAUGGGGGCAAUCCUAUUCUGCCAGGUGCAGAUGACACGGCCAACUUUAUGCUCAAAGUGGAUUAUUUGUUUGACAUAACCAAUGGUUCAGCUCCCGGAGACAAACCAAAACCAGAACAACGUGCCCUUGUCACUGAAACGUCUUUCCACCACGAGGCUUGGAAGGAAAUGCGAAAAGAGGUGGCCACCUGGGCGUACAUUGAUAAAGAGGGCAAAAGAGUGAUCAUUCCUUGUUUGAAAGCGUGUCAAGAUAAUCUCUUAGCAUACCCUGCUUUGUGGAGAUUCCUCAAGAAGGAAGGCCAAUACACAAGUUUGAACCUCCGCCAUGUUACCCAAGAUUGUUUGGGAAAUUUCAUCUCUCAAAUGAGAGCAACUUUGGGGCCCAACACUCAUCCUACUUGUUAUCAAGUCAUGAAUGCUUUUCGAACUCAGCUGAUCAACAAGCAUGUCAACUUCUCGCUCCAGAAAGGCAAAAAUUGCCAGGAUGACGGAGCUCAAAUGCUGACAGACAUGCAACGUCUCAUAAACAACAAGAAGACCCUCUCAUCGGAUAAGGAUGAGAGUGUAGCUGGUCCAUCACAACUGCGUGCAGGGCUUGAAACUUUCUCUCAUAUUACGCGUGGUUUGAGAGCACCCCAGAUAGCUAUAGAAGAAAAGUUUAUGAAAGCAAAUGCUGUUAUUGAAAACUCUGCCAUGGGUGCUGCAUUGCUUGCGCGUCAAUGUCUUGAUGGCAAUUCUUGUAGGCUCUGUGAGAAUGUCUACACAGAAAGUGAUCCGCAUGAUUCAGUGCUGAAAAUGUUGAAAAAAUGUGGAGAAUAUCAUAAAAUGCAGAAGAGUGUUCCCACACCAAGCUUUCACCUCGUGCAAGUCUAUCAAGCUAUGACUGACAAGUUCAAUUACAUUGCCAAAACACAUCUUGACCCAGCCAACAUGUUGCCUCGAGUCAUGGUUGCUUUGGAUGAUCAUGAUUUCUUCACGGACCAGUGCCCCUUGCACGGUCCUGAAAUGCGAAACAAAACUGUGCAGUUAGCCAGCCGCUUACUGAUAAAAAAUUAUUGUAAGAGGUACAGCGCUCAUUGGGAGGAAGAAAAGAAAAAAAUCAUGCAAUGUAAACAAGCAAUGAAGAAGUCAGAGAAAGAGGCCAAAGUCCCGAAAAAUGGAGGAGGAGGUCGAGGAAAGAAGCAAGUGGAAAAAGCAGCGACAAAUGCUCCACCUCAGCCUCCCUUGCCUGUCUGUGAGCUAGCAGCUCGUCAGCCAGUGUGUCCUGCCUCUAGGCCCCAGCAAGUGGCAACUCCGAGGAUGCCACCUGCAGCCACAGAGCCCCCUGUGCCUGUCCAGCAGACAGUGUCUAGAAGACUGCAAAUAUUGCACCAAGCCUAUAACACUCCUGUUCGGCCAAGAGUCAAUGCCAUCCAGCAACAGAGAGCAGCAAGCUGCACUUUGGUGCCCAGAGUCAUGUCACCUGUUCAGCAUACGCUUGGGAGAGGUCAAAUUCGUGCCGUGCAAGCAGCUCACCAAGUAGUGCCUCCUGUUGGACGGGGUGGCACUGGGCUGCAACUGGUGGCAGGUCCAAGAAUGCCAGCUCCAAGGAUAGCAACUCCAGCCACUCAGCUUCAUGUGCCUGUCCAACAGCCAGUGUCUAGAACACAGCAAAUAUUGCAGCAAGCCUAUGAAACUCCUGUUCCGCCUAGAGUCAACGCCAUCCUGCAUCAGAGACCUGCAAGCUGCACUGUGGUGCCCAGAGUCAUGUCACCUGUUCAGCAUACGCUUGGGAGAGGCCAAAUUCGUGCUGUGCAAGCAGCCCAUCAAGUAGUGCCUCCUAUUGCACGGCCUGGUCCUGUUCCAAGGCUCCAGCUUUUGGCUACUCCAACGGUGCCUAGUGCAUCUGCUCAACCUCCUGUUGGGUCUGACAGGCAGCCCACUGCCAAGCGGAAACUACUGCAAAGUUUUGUGUUGGGCCCUCAGCCCACUAAGAAAAAGCGAUAAGGGGAAUAACUGUCAAUGUUUACUCAAUUUACUGUCAAUGUUAAAAACCUGCCAAGCUCAUGUUUCAUUAUUAUGAAACAUGAGAGAUCUUUGACAUGUAUUUUCUCCCCUUUCGUAUGAGAGAGUAAAGCCAUUUCUUAUCAAGCUCACAUAUUUGUGAGCAAAUAAAACUUGGCAGGCUCCUUCAUUCGUGUUGGUGAAAGAAAAUUGGCUAAUUCAUUUCUGAGAGAGGGUAGGACUGCCACCCUUCAGGUGGUUGUCUGAGGGUUUGGCGGUGGGUUCUCUCUCUAA